AGUUACUUAGCCCUAACUAACCUAUAUGAUCUAGUUUAAUUUUAUAGUAGCUAGGCUGGUAGUUGAUUUUUAAGUAAGUUAAAACACAAGAAUGGGGACAAAUAGUUUAAGAUUCAGCCUAAAACAAUAUUGAGGUCUAAUCAGCCUGUCUUAUUUUGUAUAGGGACAGAUAACAAUGAAAAGGAAGGGAGAUAUUGCUGACUUUUUUGUAAAGAGGCACAAAUCAGGCCCAGAUCAGGCCCAGGCAGACCCCACCCCUGAAACCAGCAGCCCUGGCAGCUCUCAACCGGGAGCUAGCCAGGCAAGUCAGUGUGAGCAUAGACAAGGACCCAGUCUACCACCACCAGACAUCAAUAAUGACUGGCCAGACCUGUGGAGUGCUAAACAAACAGAAGACUUCAAAUCCAAGAACCCCUGGUUGGGAUCCAAAAACAAAAAAUUGGGAUGUCUGGUCUGUAGCAGUGUGAACUCCAUUGGGAUCGACAAGGAGCAAGGUGUAUCGCUCUCAAGAGAAUGGAUGAACUUUGAAAUUCAAGUGUCUGGCCAGGGAAGUAGAACAACAAGUUUGUCAAUCUUGAGAAAUAAGGUGAGGAAACAUGCGUUGUCCAAGGCCCACACUCAGGCUGUGAAGGUGGCAGAGCAACAGAAAGAAGCUGCCAUUGAGAAUGCAGUGGAGACUAUGACUGAGUCCUACAUGAAGGAAACUGAAGCUGUGUUUCGAACAGCCUACCAUCUGGCCAAAAAGAACCGACCCUUUUCUGACCAUGAGAGCCUCAUUGAGCUGCAGGAACUGAAUGGUGUAAAAAUGGGCUCAAUACUUCAUUCACGUUACAGUGCAACACAAAUAAUACAACAUGUUGCUAGUGAGAUGCAGAGCAAAAUCAUCAGUAGCAUUAUAGCAUCAUCCAGUAAGUUAGCUGUCCUAAUUGACGAGGCAUCUUCUUUAAGUCACAAAGCUGUCAUGACAGUUUCUAUUAAAGCAUCAAUUCAAGAAGAAAGCCCUGAGUUCAUAUUCCUGGAACUUGUUGAACUGGAAAAUCAGAGAGCAGAUGGCAUAGUACAGGCGUUACUCACCUGUUUAACUAAUGCUGGCUUUACAGAAGAGUGGCUUCAUGAAAACUGGGUAACAUUUGUAUCUGAUGGAGCCAGUGUCAUGCUAGGAAAGAAGUCAGGAGUAGCAACCAGACUGACUUCGAGAUUCCCAAAGCUUUUUGUAUGGCACUGCAUGAACCAUAGACUUGAACUUGCUGUGUCAGAUGCAGUUGAUGAGGUAAACUCUGUCAAUCACUUUAAAACUUUUAUCCAGAAGCUAUACUCUCUGUAUAGUGUGUCAAACAAAAAUGAACGGGAACUUGUAAAUGCAGCAGCUGAAGUAGGCUCACAACUUCUUCACAUUGGCAGAAUCUUGGAUGUACGCUGGGUGGCCAGUAGCUUUCGGACUGUUCGUGCUGUUUGGACAUCCCUGGGAGCUCUUGUGCAGCACUUUAAAAAUGCUUGCAGUGAUGAGAUGAGGUCCACCAAAGAGAGGCAGAUGUACAGAGGUUUGUUAGACCGUGUUCAAAGUCCAGAAUUCAUUUGUGACCUUGGCCUCAUGUACGACACUCUCCAUGAACUAAGUCUCCUGUCACAGGAGCUUCAGUCUCGUUCUAUAACUCUCCUCAGAGCAGAGCAUCUGCUGAAACGCUCAAUCAGAGUGAUCCAGUCAUUCAAAGAGAGUCCAGGUGAGAAAUAUAGUGAGGCUUUAGAAGCAAAACAGACUGGGGAGUAUCGGUCUAUAGCCCUGAAAACAAAUGCAAAGCUGAAGUCUAUCAAUCCAGGCCAGUUCUUACAAAGCCUUGUGAACAAUCUGGAGAAACGCUUGUCUUUUGAAGAUAAGACCAUCAUGGACCUCAGCAUCCUUGAUCAGAGUAAGUGGCCAUCAAAGCCCAGCAUCCGCCAUGGUGAAGAACAAGUUAAGCGACUGUGCAAGCGAUUUAACUUGUGCACAGACCAAGCACUGAAUGGGAUGCGGGACCUACUGGAAGAGCCCAGUAGUGAGCCCAAGGACCUAAAACCACUUAUGAACUGUAUGAAAACACUCCCUGUCAGUACAGCAGAGUACAGUGCAGUGUGA